UAAAAAACAUAAGAAAAAAAAAAAAACCUCCUUUCCCCUUUCAACUCCUCUCUCCCACUUCGCAAGAAUCUCUCCUCAGAGUUGCAGUCAAGUCUCCUUGAUUGCGAUCAACUCUCAUCUCAACAGUUUCCUUCAGAAUUUCAGCUCCCUGGCGUUCUCGGUCUGAUCUGUUUUCAUUUGUUCCAGCAGCGUUUCGUUAAAUGCUAUCCUUCUAUAGAAGGGAACGCAGACUUGAAUCCAUCUCGAUCUAAUACAACCUUCCGUUCCCACAAUAAGCAAAUUUUUUUUUUUUAAAAAAAGGAUGGAGAAGGUGAUGAAUAUACUGAAGCCGAAGCCAAACCCACAGCAACAAUUGAGAGAUUGGCAACGUAAACUUCGUCAAGAGUGUCGUAAUAUUGAACGCCAAAUCAGAGAUAUUGAAAAAGAAGAGAAGAAUGUGCAGAAAGCUAUCAGAGAGGCUGCCAAGAGAAACGACAUGGUUUCUGCCAAGGCACUUGCAAAAGAACUUGUGAGAUCUAAGAAAACAGUGAACCGUCUUCACGAAAAUAAAGCACAAAUGAAUUCAAUAUCAAUGCACCUUGGGGAAAGUGUUGCAAUUGCCCGUACUGUGGGCCAUUUAUCCAAGAGUUCUGAGGUUAUGAAGCUUGUCAACAAUCUCAUGAAGGCUCCGGAGGUGGCAGCUACGAUGCAAGAGUUCAGCAAGGAAAUGACUAAGGCUGGGGUAAUUGAGGAGAUGGUGAAUGAUGCUGUUGACACAGCACUAGACUCAGAGGAUAUAGAGGAGGAGAUAGAAGAGGAGGUUGACAAGGUUUUGACUGCUAUAGCUGGUGAGACUUCUGCACAGCUUCCGGAAGCUGUAAGGAAGGAGAAGCUGAAACAACCUGCGGUGGCAUCACAAGCUAGCCAUGAGGAGGAGCUGAUAGCUGAGGGUGUUGAUGAUGAGGACGAAAUGGAAGAAAUAAGAGCUCGGCUUGCUAAGGUCAGGUCAUAGGUCGGAGUUCAAACCCCAGUCUAGCAUUUUAUUGGGAUUAUCAGCUAUUCACUUCAAUAUAGUCUCUUGGCCAUUAUGAGUUAUCAGCUAUUCACUUCAAUAUAGUCUCUUGGCCAUUAUGAGUUUGCACCAAAUGAGACGCCAUUUAGGCAUUUACCACUGACAGAGAACUUGGAAGGAUCAUCUACUGUAUAUCAUAAGCUGUGUGAUUAGUUCUUAACUUGGCAAUAAUUUGUGUACUAAAGUGCAAAUCACAUCUUGUGUCUAUAUGUAAUUUAUGGCUACAAUACCAACAUGGAGAUACUGUGGCACUCUUGUUGCCUUGUUACUUUUACUUUCUGUUUUACCUUGGAUAAAGUUGGCUAAAUUCCUAAAAAGCCCAUAAGAUGUAUUUAGGUUUACAAGCAUGACAUAUUGAGUGGGUGCUUGCAUAAAAAACUAGUCGCCAUUUUAUCAUGAAA